AUGUCUGCGAUGAUUACCAUAUUCCUCACACUGACCAUCCUGACCCUAUCACUCGCACACUCCAAUCUUGGAUCAAACACAUUCUUCUCAACCUACGGACCACAAGUCGAUCUCCCCUUCACAGGUCCUCUCUCUUUCGCCCAUCUCCCAUAUUCGAAAUGUCUUGACCCCACUCCCACCCAAGCACAACCAGAAGAAUUCGACGUCGCCCUCCUAGGAAUGCCAUUCGACACCUCAGUCUCCUACCGCCCCGGAGCACGAUUCGGACCAUUUGGGAUCCGAGCUGGGAGUAGAAGGAUAAGGCCGAACAGGAGCUGGACGAUCGCGUGGGGUGCGGACCCGUAUGAGGGAGGGAGAGUGUUGGACUGCGGUGAUGUGCCAGUAGCGAUCUCCGACAACGCACUCGCUCUCGCGCAGAUGGAAGCAGCAUACACCUCCCUUCUCUUCCAUCCUACAAAAUCCAAUGCCUCCUACACCUCCCCGUUUGCCAAAGACGGACUCGAGCACCCGCGGAUCGUCACCCUUGGAGGGGAUCACACUGUUGUACUCCCGAUCCUGAGAUCGCUGAACGAGGUAUAUGGGAAGGUGACGGUUAUUCACUUCGAUUCCCACCUGGAUACGUGGACGCCAGUCAACUCCGGAGUGUCAAACGACGAGAACUCGAUCAGUGCCAUCACUCACGGGAGCUUCUUCUGGAAAGCAUGGACGGAGGGGCUGAUGACGGAGCGGAAUGUGCACGCGGGGAUCAGGUGCAAGUUCUCCGGACCACAAGACUUGGAACAUGACUCCUCGGUCGGGUUCGCCCUUCUAACAACAGACGACAUCGACCAUCUUGGCUCUUCAGGUAUCGCUGCCCUUAUUAGGGAACGAGUGGGGGACGGGCCCGUCUACCUUAGUGUGGAUAUCGAUGUUCUAGACCCCGCAUUCGCCCCUGCCACGGGCACGCCUGAAGCGGGAGGGUGGACUGUUAGGGAGCUCAAGGCCAUACUGCGAGGACUGCAGGGACUGAACUUUGUUGGUGCGGACAUUGUUGAAGUCGCGCCUGGCGUACGAUACGAAUGGUUCGUCUUCCCCGCCUCCUGUGAUGCGGAAGGCACAGCUGUCAUCGCUGCCGAUCUGGUGCACGAGUUUGUGUCAAUGUUCCUGGCCCAAGGGCCGGUGAGAGAGGCGAGGGACACAUGGGCGGAGAGAGGAUGGGUAACGGAGUUUGUCGGGAAUGGGAAUGAGAAUGGGGGAUGGGCAAGGAAAUGGGAAAUGCCGGGUUGA